GAAUGCGCUAUCCAAAAACCCCUUGGAUGUCCACCGCAACUCUCCGACACCGCUGUAAACUUGGACUGAGCCAACCACAUCAGUGACAUCACUGCGUGCUAUACACAAGGUGGAGAACAAAACAAGAGGUCUUUUUUCAAAGGGCAGAGUUAACGAGACACCCAAUGUCAGAGACACUUCUCGCAGGUACAGGCAAAGUAACCGGGCGGUCAUUUUAGGAUGCAGAAAUCACCUGUCGAAGAUGCAAACUUCCUCUCCAGAUAUUUCUUUUGUUGGACAUCUCCCAUUUUGAGGAAGGGGUACAAACAGAAACUAGAGCUCUCAGAUAUAUAUAAAGCGCCAUCCUUUGAUACAGCUGACAAUCUUUCUGAACGCUUGGAAAGAGAAUGGGACCGGGAGCUUGCAUCGACGAAGAACAAGCCCAGGCUGUUCAGAGCGCUGGGUCGGUGCUUCUUCUGGCCUUUCGCCUUCUACGGGGUCCUGCUCUACUUCGGGGAGGCCUCUAAGACGGUGCAGCCGCAGCUGCUGGGGCGGAUCAUCGCCUCGUUCGACCCCUUCCACGCCCCCGAGCGCUCGCAGGGCUUCUACCUGGCCCUGGGGCUGUGCCUCCUCUUCACCGCCCGCUUCCUGCUGCUCCAGCCCGCCAUCUUCGGCCUGCACCACCUGGGCAUGCAGAUACGCAUCGCCCUGUUCAGCCUCAUCUACAAGAAGACUUUAAAACUCUCCAGUCGGGUUCUGGACAAUAUCAGCACUGGGCAGUUGGUCAGCCUCAUGUCUGCACACCUGAACAAGCUGGAUGAGAGUCUGGGUCUGGCGCACUUCGUGUGGAUAGCCCCGCUGCAGUGCAUCCUGUGCGUGGGGCUGAUCUGGGAGCUCAUCGAGGCGUCCGGCUUCUGCACCCUGGCUGCCCUCACCCUGCUGGCCAUCAUGCAGGCCUGCCUGUCCCAGAAGAUGGGCCCCUACAGGAAUAAGAGGGCGAAGCUGACCAGCAAGAGACUGGCACUCACAUCCGAGAUCGUGGAGAACAUUCAGUCGGUGAAGGCCUACGGUUGGGAGGAGAUCAUGGAGACCAUCAUCAAAAACAUCAGACAGGACGAGAUGACCCUGACCAGGAAGAUCGGCUCGCUGCGCUACUUCUACAGCGCCGCCUACUUCUACUCGGCCUUCAUCGUCAUCAUCGCCGCCAUCGUGCCCUUCGCCCUGAGCAAGGGCAUCAUCCUGCGGCGCAUCUUCACCACGCUGUCCUACUGCAUGGUGCUGCGCAUGACCCUCACGCGCCAGUUCCCCAACUCCAUACAGAUGUGGUACGACACCGUGGGCCUCAUCAACAAGAUCGAGGAUUACCUCACCAAGGAGGAGUACAAGGUGUUGGAGUACAGCCUCACCACGACGGGGGUGGAGCUGGUGAACGUGACGGCUUCCUGGGACGAGGGAAUUGGAGAACUCUUUGAGAAAAUCAAACAGGAGAACAAGAACAACGGGCACCUGAACGGCGACGCCGGGCUGUUCUUCACCAACCUGUACGUCACGCCCGUCCUAAAGAACAUCAGCCUGCACCUGGAGAAGGGACAGAUGCUGGCCGUCGCUGGCUCCACUGGAUCGGGAAAGAGCUCGCUCCUGAUGAUGAUCCUCGGAGAGCUGGUGCCCUCGGAGGGGAAGGUGAAACACAGCGGGCGGAUCUCCUUCUCCCCGCAGACCUCCUGGAUCAUGCCCGGCUCCAUCCGAGACAACAUCCUGUUCGGACUGGCCUACGACGAGUACCGCUACACCAGCGUGCUCAAGGCCUGCCAGCUGGAGGAGGACCUCGCCCUGCUCCCAGCCAAAGACAAGACCCCCCUGAUGGAGGGAGGGGUGACCCUCAGCAGUGGGCAGAGGGCUCGCAUCGGCCUGGCCAGAGCGGUGUACAAGGACGCGGAUCUGUAUCUCCUGGACUCUCCAUUCACUCACCUGGACAUUGUGACCGAGAAAGAAAUAUUCGACAAGUGCCUGUGCAGGCUGAUGGCCUCUAAGACGCGCGUGGUGGUCACCAGCAAGCUGGAGCACCUGAAGCGGGCGGACCGCAUCCUGCUCCUGCACAACGGCGUGUGCUACUUCUACGGCACGUUCGGCGAGCUGCAGUCCCAGCGCCCGGACUUCAGCUCCCUGCUGCUGGGCCUGGGCUCCUACGACAGCAUCGCCGCCCAGCGCCGGAGCUCGGUCCUGACGGAGACCCUGCGCCGCGUCUCCGUGGACGAGGGCGUCGGGCCCCGCCCCGACGACGGCCCUCUGGACAAGCCCCGGCCCUCGCUGGUCCUCAACGCGGCCGCCGCCCGCCGCCGGUCCCGCGCGCGCUUCCCCGAGGAGGACGAGGACGAGGAGGCGGAGCGCAGGUUCUCCGUGGUGCCGGAGAACGAGCAGGUGGAGGAGGUCCUGCCCAAGGGCAACCUGUACGAGCACACGCUGGGCGUCUCCCGGCAACGCCGCCAGUCCGUGCUGGCCUUCAUGACCAAGGCGCAGGACCAGACCCGCCGCGACCAGAACCAGCAGUCCUUCCGGCGCCGGCUGUCCGUGGUGCCGCAGAAGGAGCUGGCCUCCGAGCUGGACGUGUACGCCCGCCGCCUGUCCAACGGCAGCGUCUACGACAUCAGCGAGGAGGUGGAGGAGGAGGACAUGGAGGAGUGCUUUGCGGACGAGCGUGAGAACGUGUUUGAGACGACUUCCUGGAGCACCUACUUCAGAUACGUGUCCACCAACAGAAGCCUUGUUUUCACCCUCAUCUUCAUCGUUUUGGUCUUCGUGAUCGAGGUGGCUGGAUCAGUGAUCGGCAUAUUUUUGAUUACUGAUCGGAUCUGGCGGGAGGAGGACGAGACCACGCACCCCAACAUGUCCUCCCAGGGCACGCACUACGCGGUCAUCGUCACGCCGACCAGCGCCUACUACAUCAUUUACAUCUACGUGGCCACGUCGGAGAGCGUGCUGGCGCUGGGCUGCUUCCGGGGCCUUCCGCUGGUGCACACGCUGCUCACCGUGUCCAAGAAGCUGCACCAGCAGAUGCUGAGCGCCGUGCUGAGGGCGCCCAUGGCCCUGCUCAACACCAUGAAGUCAGGUCGGAUCAUGAACAGAUUCACCAAAGACAUGGCCACCAUCGACGACAUGCUGCCCCUCUUCCUGUUCGACCUGGUCCAGUUGACCCUGAUCGUGCUGGGAGCCAUCUUUGUGGUGUCCAUAAUGCGACCUUACAUCUUCAUCGCCGCGAUUCCGCUCACCAUCGUCUUCGUCCUCCUGAGGAAGUACUUCCUGCGCACGGCGCAGCAGCUCAAACAGCUGGAGGCUGAAGCUCGGAGCCCCAUCUUCUCCCACCUCAUCAUCUCCCUGCGGGGCCUGUGGACCAUCCGGGCCUUCGGACGGCAGUCCUACUUCGAGACGCUGUUCCACAAAGCGCUCAACACGCACACGGCCACCUGGCACCUCUACCUGUCCACGCUGCGCUGGUUCCUGUUCCGCAUCGACAUCCUCUUCGUGCUCUUCUUCACCGCCACCGCCUUCAUCGCCGUGGGGACCAACAGGGACAAGCCGGGCGAGAUCGGGAUCAUCAUCGUUCUGGCCAUGCUGAUCCUGGGCACCUUCCAGUGGGCGGUCAUCACCAGCAUCACAGUGGACGGCCUGAUGCGAUCGGUGGAGCGCGUGUUCAAGUUCAUCGACCUGCCGUCGGAGGAGGCCAAGCCCCGGGGGAAGGAGAAGGACCUGGUGAUCGAGAACCCGCACUUCCACGACUCCUGGCCCUCCCGCGGGCAGCUGGAGGUCAGGGACCUCACGGUGAAGUACACGGAGGCCGGCCGCGAGGUGCUGCAGAAGCUCUCCUUCGGCGUGGAGGGCGGGCAGACGGUGGGUGUUCUGGGGCGGACGGGGUCGGGGAAGAGCACCCUGCUGGCCGCCCUGCUGAGGCUGGCCUCCACUGACGGAGAGAUCUCCAUCGACGGGGUCUCCUGGAACUCCGUGCCCCUGCAGACCUGGAGGAAGGCCUUCGGAGUGGUUCCCCAGAAAAUCUUCAUUCUGACGGGGUCGUUUCGCAUGAAUCUGGAUCCCUACCUCAAACACAGCGACGAGGAGCUCUGGAAAGUCGCAGAGGAGGUGGGGCUGAAGUCGGUCAUCGAGCAGUUUCCGGACAAGCUGGACUUCCAGCUGGAGGACGGGGGCUACGUCCUGAGCAACGGGCACAAGCAGCUGGUGUGUCUGGCCCGCUCCAUCCUCAGCAAGGCCCGAAUCCUGCUGCUGGACGAGCCCAGCGCCUACCUGGACCCCAUAACCCUGCGGGUGCUGAGGAAGACCCUGAAGCACUCGUUCUCCGACUGCACCGUCAUGCUGUCCGAGCACCACGUGGAACCCCUGCUGGAGUGCCAAUCCUUCCUGAUGAUCGAGGGCAGCUCGGUGAAGACGUACGACAGCAUCCAGAAGCUCCUGAACGAGACCAGCCACCUGAAGCAGGCCAUGAGCAACCUGGAGCGGCAGAAGCUCUUCCCGCUGAGCCGCCGCGUCUCCAGCAAGCGGGCGCCCAAGCCAAUCAGCUCGCUGCAGGAGGAGCCUGAGGACGAGGUCCAGGACACGCGCCUCUGAGCCCCGCCCACCCCUCGCCACGGCGACGGCAAGCCGGGCCGCCCAUUGGACCAGCCUGAGGAGCUGAACCGUGUAGGCACGCCUCCCCUCUCCUCGAAGGACGGAUGCUUUUACACUGCGGUUCCAAUCGUUGUCACGUGUUAGAGAUUUGACCCAUAACUGAUCUGUGUAUCAUGCUAUACGCAUGCAACUGAUAACACGCAUCACAGAGAGGUGUAGACAACAAACCAGGGGCCUGUUUCACACAGCAGGAUAAUCGAGUCAACCGGUUAACUGCGCAACGUGAAACCCGGAACACCAGUUCACUAUAGUCCAUGUUUCAGAACUCACUAAUCCUGCUCUGUGGAACAGGCCCCAGAAACAUCUUGAAUGUUGCUUGCGUAGAAGCAACCCCCCCCCCCCACAAUGAAAGCAAGCAGGUUAUUUUAGCAUUGGCUUCGGUAUGGUGUAUAAGCUACUGAUGUCGUUCAAGUUUAUUGUGAUAUUCCUGGCUUAGGUGGGAUAGUGAGAAAUAUACAUGGGCUCCUAAAAUCCGAUCCAGGGAAUACAGGCACACAACACAGGAGCUUCAACGGGUAAACUGUGCGUACACGUGUGGUAUAAAUUUGACUAAAAAAUAGACCAUUUAGACUUGCAAUAAAACAGAUGUGUAACGUGCAUACCCACAAAUAUGGUUCAUGUAACUUAAAAGACCCAUGUAAUAUAGAAGUCGUAGUCUAAAUCCUCAGUUUUCAGUUAUAACCAAGAUUUCUGUACAUUAAUUAAGUUGGUGACUUGAUGGGCAAAAGCUUGACAGUUCAAAUGUCCUUGUGCCCGCAUUGAGGAAAUGCACUUUACAUAUAUAUGGUACUUAUUAGCUGUUCAGGAAGAGACCUUGGAAGGGGUUGUGUUAAUCUAAUGCCUGUGUCAUGAACUGGAAAUCCUCUUUUCUAAGCUAGAUUAUUUAAUUUUGUGUAAAUGGUAUACACUACCACUGAAAUUACCUGUAUAUGUGGUAAUUUGUUAUUAUACUGUAUGUGUAUUGAAUGAAUAAUGCAAACUGAUAGUGUCGUAUGUUUCCUUGUUUCUUCCUCCAAAGGAAAGUUUGUGUAAUGAGAGAAAUGCGGGGUUGUUUGGAGAAUGACUGAAAUAAAUG